AGAUUCAUCACUUUUCUCAAAUGACUUCGGUUAGCCGUAAUUGAAUUUAUUUUCUAAGCUGUCAGUAGGGAGCAUUACCUGCUUUGAACGUGCAACUUGACACAGCCGCAUAGACAUAAAGCCAACCGUUGAUGUCGACUACAAAGGAAACGCUGUCAACUCGAGUUAACUCAGUAGCACAAUCGUACAUACAGGACGAAGGUGAGGCAUCACGAACCAUCACCGACUCGGCCGCCAGCCAGUUGCAGUUACAAUUGCAAUUAUUAUUAUUCCUUUCAACUGUGCAACAGUGAUUUUAAUUGAAAACGUGCCUGGAACAGCCUCAUAGUGUAGCAAGCAGCCAGCAACUUUCCACCAAACAACUGUCUCCACCUACGUCGACGACUACGACGCCAACAAAAACACACAUUGCUCUUCCUUGCGGCGGCAAAAUGACUGUAAAGCUGACGAAUUUUUUCAGUAGCGCUGCUUCCAUGCCAACGACAACGACGCCGCCCUCACCGCCCAUGGUACCCACCGCUAUCGGUGGCAGUUACCAUCAUCAUCAGCAACAACCACAUUUGCAAUACCUGCAACAACAGCAACAGCAGACGCAACAACUACAACAGCAAUCAUCGCUACCCUAUAAUCCGUAUAUUGGUGGCGUUAUGGAUGACGGCGACUUGUAUGACGAUGACAACAUGUCGCUAUAUUCGAAUGCCACAGCCGCUAGUGGUAUUAUGACGCAACGCGGUCAUUCAUGCAACAAUUCACAACGUCCGCUGUUGGGCGAAAGGAAGCCGCCAAAAAUGUUGUUGAGCAACAAUGCAACAAAGAAAAAUAAAAAGUCGACUGGCAUUAAUCAACCGCAACGUCACUUGCAGCAGCAGCAGCAACAACAACAACAGAAACAAGGAAAACCACAACAGCAGAAAUCGUAUAUCUCACCGUACGUGCAACAACAGAAACGUGACAGCGCCAAGGGAUUGCACGGCUUUAACGAUUUCGAUAUUUUGUCACAGCAAUACACGGAGCAUUUGCGCAGCAGCCCACAUAUCGGCUACCCCUACGGCAGUCCCCCCUCGCCCACUGCUAAGUCUAAUGAUUUUGUAUUCGAUACUUUGGCAUUGCCACAGCAACAGCAACAACAACAGCAACAGCAACACACUUUGUAUGACAAUCGUAUUUACAGUAGUGCUGGUACAGUUAAUCAGCAGCAGCAACAACAGCAAAAUUCAAGUCAUUAUCAACAGCAACAAAUGGCAAAUGGCUUUAAUGAUACGGACUACUCGUAUUAUGGACACAACGCCUGCAUCGGUAGUGGUAGUGGCAGUGGCAGUGGCAGUAGUAACAUUAGUAAUAACGGUGGUAGCAAUGCCCUUUUGACCACUACGAAUAACGCAUCGCCAACUCAUUACAUGGGCAAAUCGUCACGCUUUGAAGAUGAUUUUUGUUCUCGCCGCAAUGCAACCUUUGCUGCGCCGCAGCCGCAGCCGCAGUCACAGUCGCUGCCGUCCUCUGAGAAAACUUGGACGACUUCAGUUGUGGCUGGCAGCGACGAUGUUGGUGGCCCUUUCAUAUUUGGAGGUAUGCCGCAUGAACUAUUCCAGCACCAACACCAGCAACAACAACAACAACAACCUGAUAACAGCACUCUGCGACAGGAACAACAACAGCAAGAUUUUAGUAGUUUAACCACAGCGGUGACCAACUCGACGGACUCUGUGAUAGAUGUGGCAGACAAAUACGCGCCAUACAAUGGCCAUGUGACUAUGUCGAGCAGCGAUACCAGUUCCAGUUCACGUGAUAGUAGCAGUAAUAAAGGCGCGAAGUUGCUGCUGCGAAAGGGCAAAUCAAAGCGAAACAGCAAAGAUAAAAAGUCCGAUACGUCUGUCGUGCAGGCGAAAGUGCAACAAAAACAACACGAAACACCUUCCAUUAAAUGCGUUCUAGUUGGCGAUGGUGCUGUGGGAAAGACUAAUUUGAUUUUAUCCUAUCUUAAGAAUCGUUUUAAUACGGAGCACGUACCGACAGCAUCGGAUAUAUAUAAUGCGGAUGUAUUGGUUAACGACAGUCCUGUACACUUAACCAUCUGUGACACUGCCGGUCAGGAUACAUUGGACAAAUUGCGCCAACUGUGUUAUCCUGACAGCGAUGUGUUUCUCUUGUGCUUCUCUGUGGUAAAGCCAGAUACGUUUCAUGCUGUGAAGACGAAGUGGGCGCCAAAAUUCUCAAAGACAAAAGCCGCAUUGAUACUCGUCGGAACACAGGCGGAUUUACGCAACGAUGCGCAAGUGUUGAAUAAAUUGCAGCUUAAUGGCGAAAAACCAAUUUCAUAUGCUGAUGCCUGGGAUUUGGCAGCGACUGUUGGCGCAAAAUACAUCGAGACUUCCUCAGCAACACAGGACAAAGUCAAGGAGGUUUUCGACACUGCAAUUUGGGAGGGGCUCGCGCCAACAACCUUGCCAUCCACACCAAAGCCACCGCUAUGGAAGAAGCUUUUGUGCCUGGCGUAAGAAAGCAAGUCAACAAUGCCGCAUCUACACAAUGACAGAGAUAAUAACAACAAAAAAUAUGAACAAGUCAGGGCAAAAGAAAGCCGCACACGAACGAAGCAAUGCGCAUUAGGACGAUGAAAUGAAAAACCAAAUUUGUUGUUGGUCAAAUAGUUUAACGCAAUGACGACGAUGUGGAGUAUAAAUUGAAGCAAAUGUUUUUGAACUCAUUCACUUCGUAGUUCAUUGCAAUGCAAUUUGACCUUAAAGUUUAAACUGAACGAAGCAGAGAGAAAAGGGUAGUAGUAGUUUUUCUGUAUACAAUUUUUUUCUCUAAAAAUUUUUAAAAUCUAAAACUAAAAGUACUUUGUGUGGUAUGAAAAUUGACUUAAACUCGUUAAUUUGUUUUCUAACGAUUCCCAGUAGAAUUUCAGAUCAUCUUUCGAGUGUCCACAUAAUUCUCCCUUGCGAGGAUGCGAUUAUUUCCACAUCUCUAAUACUUCAAUAUAUAAAAGUUUUGUUUGCCUACUCCCUUUACUCACAUUGGUUGUCCUAUGAGGGCAAGUAAUGAGAAAAAUAUCAUUUUAACCCUUCAACGAGCAAUAAGAUAGAGUUCCCGGAAGAAUCAUGCUAAAGCCUUGUAAACGAAAAAGAGGUGACUAUUCCUACAAAAGUCUUUACUUAGUAAUAUGAGACAACAGAUUUACAGAUCUUGUUUUUAAUUUAUCUAUUGAAUUGAUGUAUGACUAAAAUUUAUAAGGUUUUCUUCAAAAUGAAGCUUUUGCAUAACUCGUAAAUUUCUUUUCAUGAACUUCACGUUUUGUUCAAAAUUACUUGACAGCUUUGGGAUUGGUAAAGCAAAUUGGGAUACCAAGAUAAAGGUAGGAAAAUAGAAGAUUCUAUAUACUUUUCAUGGCGCUAAGUUUUAGGUGAAAAGUCAUUGCAGGCGGCCAUAAAAAAUUUUGCGGUUUAUAGAACCAAUUCAUUAUCGAAUGCAGCAGAAAGGAAGUGGUUCCAGAUAUUUAGGUUUUGUUAUAUUGACGUCGAAGAUCAAACACGCGCUGGUAGGAAAAGUGUCGAAACGGUUGAUACAAUUUUGAAAAUCAUGGGGAUAAAUCUGCAUGUGAGCACUUAAGUCAUUGUGCACAAACUGAAAAUUAGCCAGAAAAUUAGUUUUGAAGCAAAUGAUAAUUGGCGCUGAAAAGUGUAUCGCAUACGACAACAUCAACAGUUGAAAAAUAUUGUGACCAAAUGGUAAUGAGUCGACCCAAAUGAUGGCCAAACUCGAACUAGCUGCCAAAAAGGUUUUGCUUUAUAUUUGGUGUGUUUGGAGCGAAAGUGUUCAAAGUGAGCUGCUCUCUUUUUGGAUCUCUACGCUCAUCAACUGACUAAAUUGAGGCAGCCGAUGAACCAGAAGCGGUCAGAACUUGUGAAUAAGAAGGGUUUUGUGUUCUAUAAAGAAAACGCCCUGCCGUAAACAUCUUCAACGAAGAGUCAGAGGGAGGUGCUAUCGCAUCUGCUGUAUAGUUCAGAGAUGUCAUCAAUCGAUUUAUCACCUUAUCAAGCAUUUAAAAAAUUUUCUUGUGAUACAAAAUUGAGUUAAAGAGAAACUCGCGAAAGUGAGCUGACAAAUGAGUUGCCAAUUUUUCCAAUUUCAUUUCAUCUUCAAUUUCAAUUACGAAACAGCCUUCAAACUGGGCAAAAUAAUAGAAGUAAAGCUCAACAAUAUUCAGUACCAAUAUUUGCUACCAAAGAGGAAUUCAUUCAGCAACUUUUUAGGGGUUCCAUUUUAAUAAAUUAUACCCUCCGAGAAAAUGAUAAAAUUGAAAAAC